CCAACUUUGUCUAUUCCUCUUACGUAAACUCUACUGAGUGCCGAUUUUCGAAAGAGGAAUAAUUUUGCGACCACUUUACAUUCCUUCGAAGACUCCCAAAAACGAAAAUGUUUUCUACCGUCGGUAGAGCUGGCCUUCUGGCCACAAGAACGGUAGUAAACAACUCCUUGGCCGAAAAAACUCCGUUGGUUGCUGGUGCCCUGGCGAACAAACGUGAUUAUGCUGCUAAAGCCGCUGGCAAAGGUCAAGGUAAGGUGGUCGCUGUUAUCGGUGCCGUCGUAGACGUGCAGUUUGAAGACAAUCUACCACCCAUCCUCAAUGCCCUGGAAGUACAAAACCGCUCCCCGCGCCUCGUUCUUGAGGUCGCGCAGCACUUGGGUGAGAACACCGUCCGCACCAUCGCCAUGGACGGAACUGAGGGUCUAGUGCGAGGCCAACCCGUCCUCGACUCGGGCUCGCCCAUCCGUAUUCCCGUGGGAGCAGAAACUUUGGGCCGUAUCAUCAACGUAAUCGGCGAGCCCAUCGACGAGCGCGGCCCCAUUCCCACCGACAAGACCGCUGCUAUCCACGCCGAAGCCCCGGAGUUCGUUGACAUGUCUGUCCAGCAGGAGAUCCUGGUCACUGGUAUCAAGGUCGUAGAUUUACUCGCCCCUUACGCCAAGGGAGGAAAGAUCGGCCUCUUCGGUGGCGCCGGUGUCGGUAAAACUGUACUCAUUAUGGAGCUCAUCAACAACGUCGCCAAGGCUCACGGUGGUUACUCAGUAUUUGCUGGCGUGGGUGAGCGCACCCGUGAGGGUAACGAUUUGUACCAUGAAAUGAUUGAGUCUGGUGUAAUCUCCCUGAAGGACAAGACCUCCAAAGUAGCCCUUGUAUAUGGUCAGAUGAACGAGCCCCCCGGCGCGCGUGCCCGUGUUGCCCUGACUGGUUUGACUGUGGCUGAGUACUUCCGUGAUCAGGAGGGUCAGGAUGUACUGCUGUUCAUUGACAACAUUUUCCGUUUCACCCAGGCCGGUUCCGAGGUGUCUGCCUUGCUGGGUCGUAUUCCAUCAGCUGUAGGUUAUCAACCAACUCUGGCCACUGACAUGGGUACCAUGCAGGAACGUAUCACCACCACAAAGAAGGGAUCCAUCACAUCUGUACAGGCUAUCUAUGUACCAGCCGAUGACUUGACUGAUCCAGCCCCUGCUACCACCUUCGCUCAUUUGGACGCCACCACUGUGCUGUCAAGAGCUAUAGCUGAAUUGGGUAUCUACCCAGCAGUGGACCCUCUCGACUCCACCUCUCGUAUCAUGGACCCCAACAUUAUUGGAGCUGAGCACUACAAUGUUGCCCGUGGUGUGCAGAAGAUCCUUCAAGAUUACAAAUCCCUGCAGGACAUCAUUGCUAUCCUGGGUAUGGAUGAAUUGUCUGAGGAAGACAAACUUACUGUAGCCCGUGCCCGUAAAAUCCAGAGGUUCCUGUCUCAACCUUUCCAAGUAGCCGAGGUGUUCACUGGUCAUGCUGGAAAACUUGUCCCCCUAGAGGAAACUAUCAAGGGAUUCUCCAAGAUCUUACAAGGAGAAUAUGACCAUUUGCCUGAGGUAGCAUUUUAUAUGGUUGGACCAAUUGAAGAGGUAGUAGCUAAAGCUGAAACCCUGGCUAAGAAUGCCUAAGCUAUAUUACAACUAAAUAGUCUAUUAUUUUAAUUUAUUAACUUUUGUCAGUCUAUUGUAUCUAGCAUGUUUGUUUAAUAAAGGUAAACAAAUGCAUACAAUAAAGUGAUCAAA